GCUGAAUGAAAUUCAACCGCGGGAUAUAGAAUGGCAGCGCCAAACAGUGAGGGGAAGAUGGAGAAAGUUUGUGUCCCUAGGAAUUUUUAUCUUCUUGAUGAACUAGAGCAAGGGCAAAAGGGACCUCAGGAAGGCAGUAUUAGUUGGGGAUUAGAAAAUAUGGGUGACGCCACGCUUACGAAGUGGAAUGGAAUGAUACUUGGUCCAACACGCACUCCUUUUGAAAAUCGAAUUUACGAUUUAAGGAUCGAAUGUGGACCCAAGUAUCCAGAUGUACCUCCUACCGUUAGAUUCUUAAAUUAUGUCACUAUAUUGAUUGGAGGAUUUCGUUAUGAGCUGACAUCAGUUGGAGAGCCAUUGGAAGACCUGGGAGUGCUGGGCAGCUGUUUCGUCCCAGUUUGGGACUCUUCAUCAGUACGCACCCACCGGGUUUUGAACCCAGGACUUUCUGGUUGAAUAGUUAAAAAAUCUGUCACUACAUGCAACUUUUUUUUAAAAGUUGUAUAUUGACAUAGGUUUGUAACGAAAAUUCGCAUGCAUGGUGUAAAUGAAAAUACUGGUGAGGUUUUAUGAACCAUGGUCAGUAACUGGAAUUUUUUCUAGACUCCAAAUUUGACGGCCACGUUUCAUAAUCAUACACUGCUGUUACAAGACCUUUUGUGUUGUACAGUUUGAUGGAAUAGAUUACUGCAUCCGUACAAAUUUAUGUAGGAAAGACAAAGAACAACAGAAGUAAACCACAGUUAACAUUCAUUCUACUCCACAAAAUCGAAAAUAGGUAAGUUGAAAUAUCGGUCAUCCAAAGGAAAUAUUCUAGUUCCCUAAUGUCUGUCCAGUCAGCGACAUGGUGACUUGGCCUUAAUUUCACCCUUAAUAUUUUGCUGAGUUGUACAGCUGUUCAGAAAAAGUUGUUGAAGACAUUUUUAGAGGAAUAUAAAAGUCGUUUUAAAUUAGUCCAUCUGCAAAACCUUCGGCAUAUAUGGAUUCUUAUCAAGCACCCAAUGCGUAACACUAUGUUAUUUUUCAUUGAUUUGAUGCAUUGUGAGUAGAGUUCAAUAAAGAGAAUAGUAAGGUUCUUAAAAGUACAAAAACGUAACGACCGCAACUAAAGCUUCAUGCUUACUGUCGAAACAGAUAAAACGCUGAUGUAUGCCAUUUCUAUAAGGCCAGGUGGGAUAUCGAUACAAUUACACCUGUGCAAACCCAUCAUAUUGUAGACUUUGGUUUAAGUUUAUGAAGCAGAUACUUGUUCUUCAGAUUGUAAAAUAUAAGUAUGCCUAACUGUGAUCUGAACAAACUCCCCUUCGCAACUUUAAGUUGGCAUUCGACCUUUCUUUCUAGGGGAUGCUUAUGAGACCCACCUCUUACAUUCGAAAACCCUUGAUUGUGUAGAGUCUAAUGCGUUCCAACAAAGACAACAUGCAAAAAUCGUAGUAUUUUGAGUGGUAGCAAUAGUAUACUUAGUAUUCGUUCCACUUCUGCCGAAUAAUAAUGGAUAAGGAUAUCAUAAAACGUGAUAAUUUAGUGAUGAUCAUCACUAAUUAUUUGCUUCGAUGACUUUUUCAAUUUAAACUGCGCACUCGUUUACUUCGAUUAUUUUGCAAUUUUCUCACUGAAACUGGUGAGAUGAGGAUCAGGUGGCCAGGAAGAACUAACAACAAUGAACUCUGUCAACGAAACAACCGUGUUGCACAACAAAUAAGUCGAAGGAAAUAAGGACGUCUAAGGGACGUUACUCGCAAGACCCUCGAGUGCAACCUGAAUGGAAUACGAUGACUUCAAUGUUGAAAGGUAAUACGGAGGAAAACUAGUGAGAAGGCGAUGCAAAGUACGAGACAAAAGUUGAGCCGCCUAAAGAGGACUGCGGAAAUCAAGAUGAAUUAGAGAUGUGCUGCAUAGGUCUAGUGUUUCAAGCGGAACCUGCGACAAUAAUAAUUGCGCUCGGUUGUUUUAUCGUUUUGUCAAGCGGAGCCUCCGUAUCAUGUGUGCAAGGUAUGCAGGAGAAUACGGAAGACUACGCAUUACGCACAAAAAUUGCUUUUGUCGGAAUUUUGAUUGAAAAUGUGAACCAUUUUCUUGAUACUGCAUGAAAAGUCGUCAGUUGAUUUCCAGGUGUCUGUAAAUAGUUUUCUACCACGCAUAUUGCUGGGCUCAGAUAUAAAUAUACUAUUUGCAUUCUGUUGCACUACCAGCAAAAUACAAAAAAUAAUCAUAUUAUUCAGAUGAAUCCGUCAAUCGAGUGAGUAUCUAUAGGGUGCCAUAAAACAGAAUAAGUAACACAACGCUGUCUGAAGUGCCAAUAAUUUAACUGGAAAGUGCUUCCGAAAGGUUUCCUGUUUGUUUUCAUACAAGAAGAGAUUGACCAUUACUUGAUUGUCAGUUAGGUUUUCUGUUCCCACUCUGUUAAAUUGGAGGUGGUCUAUUAUAUUUUGUAUUUUCGUAAUGGAACUUUGCCACAUGAUCAAGACCACUUUGGUUAGUGGUGACAGGCAUUGGGAUCCACAAUGAGCACUUCAUCCUACAUGGGGUUCGUCGAUUGGAUAUACGUGCGUUCCCGUAAGUGGUAGCCUCCCCAACUAGACUCGGCCCAUGCACCCAUCGCUUCCAAUAUCAAGACGUCAUACACUAGGCAAUAAGGGUGACCUCCCAACUAACGAGUCCCAAAUUGGCCAAAGUGUGUAUCACGGGUUUCAUUGCUGGUCACGACCAACCAAAAUAAUCGCAUGUUAGUCCUCAGUCCGGCAUAAUCUACAGGAAAUGUAAAUUAACUUAGUAAAGGAAUCUGAAACAUAUGUCAUCUAAAAGUUUUAUCUCUAAAUACCUUCGUUUCCACUUCACGAAUUUUCCAAGAAAUAAUCAGUAUUUUAUAUAUUGUCUUACAAGUUGUUUUAUUUCAUUUCUGUUUAGGUCGAUCCUCGGAUGUUCGCGACUCUUUCCAACUGGACUCGUGGAAAUUGCAUACGCCAUGUCCUCUUGGAUGUCCGUCGAAAAAUGUCUGCUUCUGAAAAUUCGAGACUUGCUCAACCUCCUGAAAAUUCCACAUUCUGAGCGAUUCUCUUCUUGGUAUGUUGCUCUCCAGAUAUAAGAAUGAUUAACCAGGAGUGAAUGUUUUUUUCUAAAUUCAUAGCUUUUAUCCUAGGUCUUCAUUUCGUUUUAUCAAACCACCUGCUAAAUUUUAUUUUAACAUUAUUUUACUGGUCUUUCUCCAAAUGGUUUUCCCUUCUUAUGUAUGUAUUCUUGUGUAACUUCUAAACACUCCAAAUUUAUUGUGGAUUGAAUAUAGUUGGACGAGGAAGUUCGCAAUAUUUUUUAUACCUUAUAGACUCGUGGUUUUUACUUCCUUCCUGCCUUAACCAUUGACUCAGUUAAGGCUGUUUGAUAGCAAUAAUAACUAUGCUGAAUUGUACUCUCUGCUUAUAUAGUAGAAAUUUUUAUUUAUGGUGGUCAUUUGUUGCAACUAUGCACCCACUGCUUCUUUGACAUUGUUAAUUACAAAUUGUGAAUUUUUCCGGUUAUGUAUCUCUUGGUUCACUGACAAUUUUGCCUGAAUUCGGCUUUUUGAAUCAAAUCCUCUUUGUUGUGUUUAAAUUAUUUUUAAAUAAUAAGCUUAUUGCUUCA